AUGGCCAAGGAAGACGUUUACAUAGCUUCAAUGACUGGGGAAGAUUAUAGUAUGAACAUGGACAUGGAUGUGGAAAAAAGCCGGAUCGAACGGCUUUCGAACGAGUAUCUCAAGCCUAAUAUUGGGCUGGUAUAUCUGCUGACGGCCAACCUGUUCAAUAGCGCCAUGGUGGUGUCGACAAAGCUUUUAGAGACCGAUCAGACGCUGGAAAAACCCAUUACACCAUUGCAGAUUCUGGUGGUGCGAAUGUUUAUCACAUAUGUGGGCACCGUCAUAUACAUGUACUGGAAUCGAUCGACCAUCGAGCAUGUGCCGUGGGGUCCGCCAGAAAUGCGCAAAUGGCUCAUUCUCCGGGGAUGCACCGGGUUUUUCGGCGUGUUUGGGAUGUACUAUUCUCUGAUGUAUCUGUCGGUGCCGGACGCCACGGUAAUUACAUUUUUGGGCCCGUCUAUCACCGGAGUUCUGGCCUGGAUGAUACUGCACGAAAGAUACACGAAAGUGGAGGCUACAGGGGCGUUGGUGUCGCUGUUGGGAGUCAUUCUCAUCGUUCGACCCACCUUUUUGUUCGGCAGCCCCGGACUUCAGCAGGGAAAUGACGCUGUUGAGUCCAACGACCCGCGAGAUCGGCUGGUUGCCACGCUCGUGGCGCUCCUGGGCGUCCUCGGUGCGUCCAACGUGUACAUCAUCAUCCGCUACAUUGGAAAUCGCGCACACGCUAUCAUGAGUGUCUCGUAUUUCGCCCUCAUUGCCUGCAUCGUGGCACUGGUUGGAAUUUGCGUUUUUCCCUCGAUUGGAUUUCAGAUCCCACAGACGGGCAGACAGUGGUUCUUAUUCUCGCUGAUAGGUUUCUCAGGGUUUUUCAUGCAACUUUUGUUGACUAUGGGGAUCCAGAAAGAACGCGCAGGUAGAGGCGCUUUUAUGUCGUAUUCACAGGUGAUUUAUGCCCUGAUAUGGGACCUUUUGAUUUGGCACCACCUGCCAGGAAUCUGGUCCUGGUGCGGGAUGUUUGUGAUCGUAGGCAGCGCCGUUUGUGUGAUAAAAUAUAAGCCCAAACCACAGGCUGCUGUCACGGUCGGUCAGGAAAAUAGCCAGGCCAUCCAAAUGCAGGACUUUGAGGAUGACGACGACGACCAGAAAUUAAAAAUAUAG